AUGGCCCACCCCGGACGCGCUCGCGGCGAUCCCUCCGACCGCGGAGGCGAUUCUCGACGCGCUGCGGCCGCUGUCGGAGCUGCGAGGCGCGGUGGGGGACCAGAGGGACGUGCAGCGGUGCCUGAUCCUCGGCCGGACCCGCGAGCUGGUGACGGACGCGAUCACGCGGUGGAUCUUCCCGGACGAAAAAGACGUCGGGGACCGAACCGGCGACGGCGCCGACGCCGACGCCGACGCCGACGACGCCGAGACGCUCCUCGCGCCCGCGCCGUCCGCUCCCCCCAGCCUCCUGCGCUUCGCCGCGCACCUCCUCCUCUUCCUCCAGGCGCUCCUCCCCGACGGCGGCGGCCUCGCGCCCGGCGGCGCGCUCUACGCGCGCGUCAACCGCGUCCUCUACGCGUACGCCGACCAUCUCGUCGCCGAGCGUCGACACGAGCUCGCGCCGCGGUACGCGCGUCACCUGCGGCCGGACCUCCUCGUCCGCGCGUACGCUCGCUUCCUCGACCGCCUCGCGCCGACGUCCGCGGAGACCAAGGCGCGAUGUCUGCGAGACGCGUCUGAGUGGAUCGAGCUCGAGGGCGAGGGCGGGUUAAGGGCGAUCGUCUCGAGGACGCUGGACGAGAGUCGGGAGGUUGUCGGCGCGUCUUCCUCGAAUGAGCAAGACUCCUUCGGCGACGACGCGACGCGGCCGGCCGAGCCUCCGCCGGAAUCCCCGGCGACGGGAAGGUUUAAGCGAGCGGCGAAUCUCGUGAAGACGCAGGUGCGCGUCGUGAACGCGUUUCACAGCGCCGGCGACGCCGUCGUCCGCGGCGAGACGCGCGCGCGCGGCGUCGUCGCCG